UGGACAAGUUGAAGGCGUUCACGACUCGGAAUGGCGUGCCAGUGCCGACGAGCUUUUGGCAUCGAAGAUCCCAAACUAUGAUGCUCUAUGUCCAUUGGAACUGCAGACUUGAUUUUUGCAAACAGCCUUAUUAGUAUUGUUCUGUAUUCUUAAAGUUCCGCGGAUACCAACUACUGGAUUCAUCAACUAACGCGUAGGGAAGGCAAAGGAAGAGCCUUAUGCAGGCGCCACCGUCGCUGAAGCGAGCUUCGCUGAAACUAAGAGUCUAGUCAGUUGUUAAGUAUUUCCCGAUCUUAUCUAGGUUCGUGGUUCUAACUUCUAUCCAUAUCUUGAACCACUCAACGGUGCUUUGUGAGUUGAGACUCCCCUCGUACUAGUAGGAGUCCCAACUCAAGACGAAUCGGACGUCAAGAUUCCGCGCGUCAAGUUAACUGGGUGGUCCAGUAACAAACUAAAUCCUGAACGUGAAAGUCGGGGAGCAACGUGUUGCUCGGCUUGUCGCCUAUCUCAGUCUUGAGCAUUUUCAUCAAGCUAGAACCCCUCAGUGACACCCGAGAUCCGUGGCAUAUUGAUCCAGACUCCUCAUAAUCCUCACCUUCCUCGGAGUUGUCGUUUCGCCACCGCUUUCAAGUCUGCCCGGUACUCACCGAUAAAUGGGUGCUAAUUCUGAAUAAUGGAAUAUCGACUCUGGAAGCUACCCAGAGGUGUUUCCACUUUCAAGUCGUCCUACCCACACAAAUUCCUCUCGGUUCAGGACCGGUCGUGAAGACAGAUUUAGACUGGCCACGACCCUGGCUACCUCAGGUCGAUCUCGCAUUGAUCCGAAUUAUUUGGAUUCUGAAGCAACUCCCUCCCCGCCGUUUCGCGUCCCCACCCGAGAUCUCCAGGAAUCCAAUAUGAUACUUAUGUCUGAGUCUGAGACACGUGUUCUGUGUGACACCUGAUAAUAAAAAUGCAACGACGAUCCACCCCCUUACAGAAAUCGUUCCGUCCAUCGAUCCUGGGGCGGAAAACGAAUCGUUUGAAACAUGCCGGAAUUAUAAUGCAAUCUUGUACUUAACCACCACAGACCACCACCAUUUAUCCAGAACUUUAAAGCUGGAUGAACAACUCGACGAUUUUCCCCAUCCAAGACCUCCCAGUGGAAUUAGCACGCUCAAUAUUCGAGCUUGCAGCACUUAGUGAUGGACCGACCUUAGCCCUGGUUUCCCGCCAGGUCAGGGGAUGGAUUCUCCCAGUGAUAUAUGAGAUGGUUACACUAGGCUCUGACGACGCCGCGUUGUUUUUGCGGACUAUGAAAACUUUCCCCUAUGCUUUCUUCGCUCGACAUGUGAAGAGGCUUUGCUUGACAGCCUCCGUCAACCCUCACGAUGCUGCGCGGAUAUUGGAAUGCUGCACCGGCGUGACGAGUCUCGCUUGCUGGGUAGAUUUCAGGGACCCACACUCUCCUACCCUUCCCCCCCUUCUUGCUCCUCUUUCCCUGCGUCACCUUUCUAUUGAGCUGGAAAAUUUCCGGCUGCUUCCUUUGACUGGCGCACUAUGGUGUAGUGAGCUUUCGCACCUCGAUAUUCGAAUGUGGGAGAAUCAAGACUCGUUCGUUAUCCCAGAUCUCAACUAUUUGCCAUCGCUAACACACUUGGCCAUAUAUCCGGGACAUUUGGAGCUCGAUAGGUUCACUUUAGAAAGGAUUCUGUCUCAAACGGCUUCCCUUCGUGUGUUGUGCCUUGUCAUAGACGAUGAUCAGGAGGAGUAUCACGAACGUCCAAUGUUGUGCGACCCUCGCAUGGUUUACAUGCCUCGUCCAGAGCCUGUACCAGACUGGGAGGCUCCCUAUCGUGGAUUACGAGAUACGUGGUCCCAAGCGAAUGAAAUGGUCGCAAGGCGGAUGACUAGCUGA